AUGAGCGACACGGUAAAGGAAGACUCCCCGGCGAAGGAAAGCGCCCCGGCGACCCUGUCCGACGACGAGUCCAGUGACUCGUACUACAACUCAAAGUUUAAAUUCAAAAAAAAUUCAAUAGAAAUAAAAAAAAAAAGUUUGUUAAAAAAUAAAAUAAAGAAGAAUGACAUCGAGCAGAUAAUCAGAAACGAUCCGAUCCUCAGUAAUAUCAAGAGGACGGUCGAAACUGAGGGGGAGGUCUUUUGCCUCGGGACGAAAAAUGAGAAUUCGAAAGGUGACAGCAGCUGUACCUCUGAUGGCGUCGCUCAGAAGGGGCAAAACGGGAGAAACGCGAAGAAGCCAAAAAACGGCAGCGUCGUCUACUUCAAAGAACCGACGCUCACACAAAAAGAAAUCAGCCUUGAGGACAGGAAAGAUGCGACAAUGGACAAACGCGAACAUCCAAACGGAACAGACGAUAGUGCUCCACUAAUAAAUAAAGGCGUCCUUACCAGUGGCGGUACGAAAAAAAGCUCCCUUUCGUCCGGCAAAAAUAUAAACAAAAAAAAAAUUACAAGUGGGGUUCUCAACGAUGCGUACACUGUGGACGGGACGAAGUCUCCACCGCGGAAUGCUCCAAGGGGUCACAUAGGGAAACUCGUCACAAAGAAUGACGAGACGAAAAAGAAGGAAUUGUCCCCUCUGGCCAUUAUUAAGAAGCAUGGUCGACUGGUAAACCAAAUCAACGAAAUACACACCAGCAACAGUGAAGAAAUAGAACACCUUCGCAACGAAUAUGCCUCGCUCAAAAGUGACCUGCACAAAAUUAUGAGCAUAAUGAACGUGGGCCAGAGGGUCGUUUCUUCUUUGAAGUGA